UGAGGGUUACUCCAUCUUAAUUUCACCAGAUUCUGACCCUUCAAAAAGCAGUGAUUUAUUGCUUGAGAAGAUUAGAAAACCAGAAGUAUUUUCCUCAUGUGAGAAAUCCUAUGGAAGUAUGCCUAACAUGGAUAACAAUAGGGAUGUAAAAAACAUAUUUAAAACCCAGGAAAAUACUUCCUGCCUAAGGGAUGUGUCAGAGAAUGGUGGUGGUCUAAUUCAUUUUAACACAACAGUUAGUGUCACUGCUGGAAAAGCAACAAAAUACUGCGGCAGACAGGUGCAUUCCAGCCCCACAGAUCUGAUCACUUAUCACACUGACAACUGUUGCCUUAACACAGGAGACACUUUUUCUAGUCAGUCUGUGGAAGUUGCCCUCACAUGUGAGAACAAUGAGCAGGGUAAACCUCUAACCAUGAAUACUCUGUUCAAUGAGCAGGCAGAUAUUCCUGUAGUAAAUCACCAUUAUUUUGUAAAAGAAGAUUCUGAAAAUUCUGGCACUCUUCUGGAGAUUCAUCCAAAGAAAAGUCUAAGCAUAAAUGAUGACUCUUCUGAUGAUGACCUAGGGCAUUUUGAAUGUUCAGAUGUGCUGACAAUCCAUGAAAAUGAAAUCUGGGAAAAGAAAUUGCAGUUUUUAUUAGAAAGUGAUGAUGAAGAUGAUUUAAAACUGAGUAAGGAUUGUGAUGGGUGUGCUUACUUCCUCAGUGAAAUGCCUUGUCUGUUUCAAGUGUCAGAUAACACUGUGCCUAUGGAUAUCACCAUUGGCUUCUGUGGUCAUCACUCAAAAUUCAAAGGAGUAAAUGUAAGGAGAGAUCCCUCUACCAGCCAGUCAACUUUGCAGUCAGAGAUGACUCUCACUGUUGGACACCACCAAGGUAAAACUACCAGUCGCCAAGAUAAAACUACCAGUUUGAAAGACAAAGAGAAGUAUAAACUGCCUGUUGCUUCUACAGCCAUUGGAAAUGACUAUCCCAGAAUUGAAGAAGAAAGUAAUGGAAGUGGUCACUCAGCUGCAGAUUUCUCAGUUGACAAAUCACAGGACGUGGAUAAUGUACUUGCAAAGGCGGACUCCUCAACUAGUCAUAUAGGUGCUUCUUUGACAGAUCAGGCUUCAGAGAUAAUGUCAGAAAAUAAUAUGGACAAAGACUUACCAGGUGACAGCUCAUUGCAACUAGAGGAGGGAAGAAGAAAUCUGUCAGAGGAAAAGUCAAGGCUUGCUGUCUGUACCUUAACAGAAAAUCUAAGAAGAAACCUUUUAAAAUUAUUAAACCCUAAGGAGCUUUGCAGAUAUGUAAGUAAUAUAGGACAAUCUUUUCAGACUGCAGCUGAGGUUGGACAAUCCAGUACUCUGUUUCCCUGUCAGGAUGGUGUCAUUUCAACACAAAUCCAUGAGGAGACAGAAAGCCUGCAAAUGCAGGCUGGUUUGUGUCAAACACAAGAGGCAGAUAAAGACUGUCAUUGGGAAUGGAAAAGGACUUGGGGCCUGUCGGAGCAAAAUCAGGUGCCAGAUGAAAGUGUCUCACAAAGGGCUCAAGAUGCCAGUCAUAAUAACUUCACAGAGAAUUAUGACAGACGAUGUGUGGAACCUGAAACAGAGAGGAAAGGUAUCUUCUUGACUUGUGAGAGUGCAAUCACCACUGAUCCCGCAUCAAAAAUGCUGUGUUCUGAAAGGACAUUACAAGCAAAAAGUGCAACUUUACAAACCUGUUCUCAACACCAUGCUCCAUGUGAUAAGAGUGAAAGACAUCAGCAGCAAUUCUUCUGGGAACAAGGAACUAAUAUUAUUAACAAUGGCAACCAAUCAAAGAAUGACAUUUCAACUUGUUUCUUAUGGGAUACAGACUCUGUUAAUGAUAGGCAAGAACAUUUAUGUGCUCUUCAGUCUCCUGCAAAGCUAUGUGAUGAGCCAAGGGAGAGAGGGCAAAAGUAUAGUUUUGACUCGCAUGAUAGCAGUGACACAGAUACUGUCUGUGGUGUGUCAUGUGGUGAAUAUCUGUUUGAAGCUAGUGGCAAGACAGUCCAGGAAUCUGGAAAACCUGGGUGCAAAGAAGAUGCUGAUUUAUCAGCAGUGCAUGACAAGCUGUGGAAGCUUCUUCAUGAAGUUGACUCAGACCAUCAGAUCCCAUUUGAAAACCGGGGGAUCACAAGUUUAGAAAUUAGGCCAAUGGACAUCAAAGACACGGAACUGAGCUUUGUACAGGAGGCUUGUCCUGAUCAUCCUUUGUCAAUAAAUUUAAUAGAAGAGGAAGAACCUAUUGUAGAGCUGACUAGUAGACAAAGAGCAGAGAAAGAAGAAUGCAGUGUUUCUAAUAUCCCAUUAAAAAUAAAUGAAGCAUGUAACAGUGCAUCCACAGGAAACAUUUCUCUUACACAGGUGAUAGAAACAGUUGGUAUACAUCAAGGUUUUAGCACUGGAAAUAGAAAAGAAACACCAUCUAGUCAUAUUUCAGCAAAUAUUAUAUUAAAUGUAGAGGAGUGCUUGGAGCAAAAAACAAAUCAAAAGUUAACUGUCGAUAAUGGAUCCAUUCAAAUGACUGCUGUCCAGGAAGGAAAGCUGACUGUUAAUAGUGCUUUCCAAACAUGUGAAGGAGAUUCUCCUCAAAGAUUAAAAAAUGCUCAGAGUAGUAAUUUUGAAGAUGACAAAGAAAACCCAACUUUUAUGUCAGAUAAGUCUAUUGGAAAAUUACUUUAUACUGAUCAGAACAUAUCCUUGAUGAAUGAGACUAUAGCUAAGUAUACAGAUAAAGAUAAUAGUAAACACCGUAAUGUUAGAGACUGUUAUUCAUCAAGAAAAAAAACUGCUUAUUUCCCUGAAGAGAAGGACUUUUUCACCAGGAAUUCCUGUGGUGAAAAUGCCAAUCAAUUUACACAUGAAACACACUUUUCUAUUGAAGCUAUAUCUAAUAGUACUGAAGAGAAUUUUCAGAGAAAAGGAAAUCACUCAGACUUGAAUGCACAGAAUGACAUGAAUUCUGGUCAUUAUCAUCUUUCAAAAAAUGUUUAUGAGGAUUUUCAAGUUGCUUCUAAUGCACAGAAAUGCAGUUACUUAACUCAAUUGCCUAGUUUAAGUAAGACUCCUGAAACCAUGACAUGUAAGAAUCUACCCCAAAAUAUACACCAAGUGACAGAGAUAGAAAAGCAAGAAGAGGCUUUCAUUCCACGUUAUGAGGAUCGAUUUUUAACUGAUUUUUUGGUAGAGGUGCCCAAAUAUGAACAGAGUAAAAUGAGAGAACAGAAAGACAGUGAACAAAGGGCUGAAACGUCCUGCGGCACAGGAGUCAAGCAUGUGUCAGAAAGUCAGCGUGCACUUUCUCCUCAGAGUAUGUCAGAACAACAUGUAUUUUUUCUUGACCACACUUUCGAGUCUCAUGAAAAGUUCAAAACAAAUUCUUCAAAGAAUCACAUGUAUGCAGCUGGGAGUGCAACACCGCUUGGUACCUCACAGCCUGGAAGGGCUCGAAAUGACUACCCCAGCACAGCAGAUGAGGAUUAUAAAAAUACCAUUAAUCAGGUGGAUAUCCAACAACUGGCCAUAAGAGAAACAUUACCAUUCUUUGUACCCACGGGACAGUCAGAGGAUUCUAUUACCAACAUAUCAGCAACGAGAUGUUCCAGCAUAGGAAAUCAAGUACAAACAGAAUCCACACAAACUACAGUCAAAGUGAAUGAAAAAAUGAAUAAAUUAGAAAAAUUUCCCAAAGCAUUGCAGGAUCAGUUCCAUAAGGUACCCCAAAGGAACAAGAAUGAAACAGUAUUGCAGGAGGAAGAAAAAGAAAUUCAAAGAGCUAAGGAAUAUAAUCCAGAUAAAGCUGAAGUAAAACCUCCUCUUCAUGCUUUCUUUAGCUGUGAUGCUCAGGAACAGGUUAUGAAUAGUAGCAUUAAGCAGUCCUGUCUUAACUUGAUCUCCUCUAGCAAGCUAACUGGGGUUGAAAAUUCAAUUAAAUCUACUGAGUCUCCUCAGUCUACUGAUAAAACAGAAAAAAUCUUGGUAUCAGAGAGUGCAGUAAGUGGUUUGGUUCACUUGCCACCAAUUGAUUCAGGGAAUGACCAGUAUUUUCAAGAGCAACCACCUCACAGCACAACUCAGCCCUACUCCUUAGCAUUGACCACAGACAGUGCAUUCCCAGCCAAAGUGGAAAAGCUAAAGAAUCAAGAAGGGUCAGAAUCUUACCAGACAGCAUCAACUGUUGCUGAGCUUGAGCCCAUCAGGCGUAAGCAAGACACAGCAAACAGUGGGCAUUUAGCUACUGGGGCUAAGAAGAAACUACCACCAACAGCAUUCUCAAAGAAACCUCGACUGGAGGAGAGAGGAAAUGUGAGCAAGAAUCCUACCUGUAUUAAAAAGCCUGUGAAAAGUGAGGCAGAUAUGAUUCAUAAAGAAGAUAGAAAAGAGCAGAGCACACUUUCCGAAAAGGAUAGCAAAGCUCCCAAGCUGUUGAAGAAGAUACAAGCAGAGUUAUUCCCCGACUGCUCUGGAAAUGUUAAGUUGUGCUGUCAAUUUGGUGACAUUCAUGGUGAUUCUAUCAUUACAUGGACUAAAGAUUCCAAGUUACUAGCUCGACUGCAGAGAAGUGCCCAGGACGACUCUCCCAUCUCUUUGGCAAUAGCUAAAGCUAGUAACAAGGACCAGGGAAUGUAUUAUUGCUGUUUGAAGAAUAAUUAUGGGAAGGUGACUACUGAGUUUAAUCUGACUUCUGAAGUCUUGGAACAUCUGUCAAGUUUUCAGAAUUUUGAAGGUCUAGAAGAAAUUGAAUUCAUGCAGCUCAUGUUCAGAGAAGAUUUCAUCAGUGAUAGCUAUUUUGGUGGGAACCUGCAUGGAAUAAUUGCUACAGAAGAGCUUCACUUUGGGGAAGGCAUGCACCGGAAAGCAUUCCGCAGCAAAGUGAUGCAAGGCCUGGUGCCGGUGUUUAGUCCUGGCCACCCCUGCGUUCUCAAAGUGCACAGUGCUAUCAUGUAUGGGACCAAGAGCAAGGAUGAUCUAGUUCAAAAGAAUUACAAACUAGCACUGCAGGAAUGCUAUAUCCAAAAUACUGCAAGAGAGUAUGCGAAGAUAUAUGCUGCAGAGGCUGAACCUUUGGAAGGCUUUGGAGAAGUACCAGAGAUCAUUCCUAUUUUUCUUGUUCAUCGCCCUGCAAAUAACAUCCCCUAUGCCACAGUGGAGGAGGAGCUGAUUGGGGAAUUUGUGAAAUACUCUGUCAAGGAUGGCAAGGAAAUCAGUUUCCUGAGAAGAGACUCAGAGGCUGGCCAGAAGUGUUGCACCUUCCAGCACUGGGUGUAUGAGAAGACCAAUGGGAGCUUGCUCGUCACUGACCUGCAAGGUGUAGGAAUGAAGUUAACUGACGUUGGCAUAGCAACAUUGACCAAAGGAUAUAAAGGUUUUAAAGGCAACUGCUCUGUUUCCUUCAUUGAGCAGUUCAGAGUCCUUCACCAGUGCAAUAAAUACUGUGAGAUGCUGGGGUUGAAAUCUCUCCGAUCCACUCAUCAAAAACAGAAGAAACCAACAUCCAUAAAAAGCAAAACUCUGCCAAACUCAACAGCUGUAAAGAAAACAUUCUCCGGUGCCAAAGAAAGCAAGAAAACAGAGACUUAAUUUCUUCGGAACAUUGAGUAACACUGGCCCAACUUGUGAAGACUCCUCUUGAGGACACGUAGUAGUGAUAGGUGCUGAUGACCUGAUGGGGGGGAUAACUUGAGUCCUUUGCCUUAUGACAUUGUUUGGAAGCCAUUCUGAUGCUAAUGCUAGCAGCAAAGAAAGGGGCUGACUCUAGGACCCAGCUAGGUAAGAGUUAAUGCCAAGUUAAGGUUUUGGAGACACACUAAGCCAUCUGCCUGGAUUAUCUUGCAACUCUUCUGUACAUUUAUAUCUGCAUAUUUUGAGUCUUGGACUUUGUGCAUAACACAGGUCACUGGAAAACAUCUUCCCUCAUACGUGUUUAUGCCAGUGGCCCUGUGGGUUCAGCUGCUAUGUAAACAUCAAUAUAUCUAAGAUGC